GGGAUUAAGUAAAUGCUUCCAUCUCUUUUCCCACAAGAAGUGAGCAAGGGCUCAGCUGGGCCUUGCAGUUGGGGAAGAGACUCGAGGGUCCGGGGAGUUGGGAGAGGGGGAGGGGAAGUUGGUUCCGAAUUGGCUGAGAAGAAAGUCUACCUUCUGGUGUUGCUGCUAGAGGGCUGGCUAAUCCCGCAGGCUGAGCAGCGGCCCCAGCGCCAGGGAGGAGAGAGACUUCCAGCAAGCUCGGGAGGCAGCAAUCCGGCCAGAUAGAGAUCUGUGACUGGCAGCUCCAGAUCGACCUGCCUUCCCAAUUCCUGUUCCAGAGCAAAGGUCACCCCGCCGUUUGCAUCGGCCUUUUUUUUUUUCUCUCCUCCGGCUUUGUUUACCUUAUAAGGAAGGUCAACAUUACAAAGUCGAAAGUGCCUGUUAUCAUCCCCUGGAUUUCGACAAAUAGUUCCCUGAACCAGAACGUUCCAUGUGAAAGAUGGCUGGGCAUUCAAUCUUGCUGGCUGCUGUCUCAGUCCUGUCGGCCUGUCAACAAAUUAAGAAAAGAAAACCAGUCACGGUGACCUCAGCUAGAAGAUACAGGGCUUCAAGAACCGGUAUCAACUGUUUCUGGGCCAGUUGCCUCAUAACCUUAAGUACACAAGCUUUAAGGAAGGAUGUGGAAUCAUUUCUAAUUCUCUACACUAUGCCCCUGUCACCAGGAUCAACUCAAGACAUUACAGACGACAUUAGAGUUCUUUCCGGUGUGAUACCGUCAGCAAGGAGCUCAGCCAACCCAACCAAGAUCACUUGGGGGCGUAGCACGGCAAGGACGAAUAUAAUUCAUCUUUUUUUUCUCUUUGCGAGACAAAACUGUGUGGAGUUUUACCCCAUCUUUCUGAUUACAUUGUGGAUGGCUGGAUGGUAUUUCCAUCAAGUUUUUGCUACUUGUCUGGGUCUGGUCUACAUUUAUGCCCGUCACCAGUAUUUCUGGGGCUAUUCAGAAGCAGCUAAAAAAAGGAUCACCGGUUUCCGACUGAGUCUGGGGACUCUGGCUUUGCUGACGGUCCUAGGCGCCCUGGGGAUUGCAAACAGCUUUCUGGAUGAAUACCUGGACCUCAAUGUUGCCAAGAAACUGAGACACUUCUGACGUUACCCCCUCCCUUUGCCCAAAUGCUUGCAGAAGCUAUUUCCACCCUGAAGGUCAUGUGGGGUCAAUUGAUCAAUUCUUAAAAAGAAGUCUUUGUUUUGUUUUUCCUGAAAUGGCUUUGUAGGAACAUGCCCACUAGAGAACACAUUUCCUGUUUAAGAAUUAAAGUCCGCCCUGAGGGGAGAGAGCCACAUCC